ACAAGGAAUAACCCCCUCACUCUGUCUCACAGCUGGGGGGAGACUCACCUACACACAUCCCUACAUCCCUGUCCAGACCACCUGGCUGUCUCCUUUCCAAUACCUUCCCCUCAGCCCUCCACAGUCUAACCUCCUGCACUGAGGGGACCUUUCUGAACUAGAUGAAAGGUAAGUGUUGGGGGAGGGUUGACUGGCUAGAGGUCUCCCUGGAAGAGGGGGCUGUCAUAAGCCUGAGAAGGGCUGCAGCUCCCUCUCCUGGCACCUGGCAGCACCCCUGGGUAAAGAAAGAAAGAUGGCAAAGGUGUCUGAGGGUCCCACGUGCAGCUGGCCAUGUGAGAGGUGUAGGCAUGGGAGCUGGCUUGUGAUGGCAUGUGUGAGACAUGUGGGGUUGUGGGCUGGUGUGUCUCGAUGCACAGGGUAUGGGAGUUGUGCGUGCAUGGUGCUGUGUCAGUACAUGUGAGUUGUGGAACAGAAGGAAUGUUGUCGUGUGUGCAGGCACGGUGACCCUGGGUGGGUGUGUGCUGGUAUGUGAGUGGCAUGGGAUCCAUGUGUGAAUUUGGUGAGCUGUGUAGCAUAACAUGUGUCAGUAUGUAUUCAUUUGUUUACUGUUGGCAUCUGGACACAUGUAAAUCUUUUAAAUUUGUUUAACACUUAGGUAGCACUUAUAUGUGCAGGCAUCUUUCUAAGUGCUUCAUAUGUAUUAACUAAUUUAAUCCUCACAACAAUAAUGAGGUAGGUACUAUUACCCCCACUUUACAGAUGAGGCAGAGAGAGUUUAAGGAACUUGCCCAAGGUCACAUAGCUGGUAAGAAGCAGAGCUGGGAUUCAAACCCAUGUGAUCUGGCUCUGGAGCCCAGGCUAACACCUACCUUAUUCUGCCUCUUGUCAAGCACACAUGGUGGGAGGCAGAACAGGUCAGUGUUUGGAUUGCAGGUGUAUUUUGUGUGAGCAGGUGUAUGUGAGGCAGUAAGGGGGCAGGGGGUAGGAGGGAGGAAGACCAGAGGGCCUUUCUGCACUUCCCUUGGCAACUCUGGGAGUUAGCCCUGCCACUUCAUGGCUAUGUGACCUGAAGCAGGUCACCUCAGUUCCUUGAGCCUACCUUUUCAUCUGUAAAAUGGGCUAAUUCUCAGGCUUCACUUUGUGAGGGUGAAAUGGUAUACCCUGGGAAGGCUCAGUGGCUGGCACUGAGAAGGGCCUCAGUAAAGGUGAGCCCCCUUCUCUUCCUCUGUCUCCAGGUCUGUUCCCUGGGGAAGUAGAAGGUCUGGGGAAAUGGUGUGGAGCUGACACAGUGGCAGGGUGCCUGGGUAUAUGUAAGCUGUGUGAUCUUGGGCCAGCUCCUCUCUCUCACUGGGUCAAAAGAGAGGCUGGAGUGGCCGGUGUCUGGAGUGUUGUCAAGGGGCCAGGAGUGCCUGACCACUCCUCUUUGUCCCUUGACCCCCUCGGGGACCCAGGUGGGACUUGGCUCGGUGGCCAUGGGCAAGCAGAACAGCAAGCUGCGGCCCGAGAUGCUGCAGGACCUGCGGGAGAAUACAGAGUUCUCAGAGCUGGAGCUGCAGGAGUGGUACAAGGGCUUCCUCAAGGACUGCCCCACGGGCAUCCUCAACGUGGAUGAGUUCAAGAAGAUCUACGCCAACUUCUUCCCCUACGGUGACGCCUCCAAGUUCGCGGAGCAUGUCUUCCGCACCUUUGACACCAACAGCGAUGGCACCAUCGACUUCCGGGAGUUCAUCAUCGCGCUGAGUGUGACCUCACGUGGCCGCCUGGAGCAGAAGCUCAUGUGGGCCUUCAGCAUGUACGACCUGGAUGGCAACGGCUAUAUCAGCCGUGAGGAGAUGCUGGAGAUCGUGCAGGCCAUUUACAAGAUGGUUUCGUCCGUGAUGAAGAUGCCGGAGGACGAGUCGACCCCGGAAAAGAGGACUGAGAAGAUCUUCCGCCAAAUGGACACAAACAACGACGGCAAGCUGUCCUUGGAGGAGUUCAUCCGCGGGGCCAAAAGCGACCCGUCCAUCGUGCGUCUGCUGCAGUGCGACCCCAGCAGCGCCUCCCAGUUCUGAGCGAGGAGCCAGGUUUCCCCUCCCUGCCUUCACUGGCCCUCUCCCGGCUCUCAGCUUCCUCGCCCUUGUGUCUGUCCAGGCUGGGGGUCAGAUUGCCACCCCCAGGGUCUGCACUCUGAGGGGCCUAUGGAGAAAGGAACCCUGCAGCCCCCCCCCCCCAAGGCCCAAGCCAGCAAGUCGUUGACACCCCCCAUCCGGGAGGCAAUAUCUCCCUUCGGCAAUGAUAAAGACACAGGCUCUGGCUUGGUCUGCCUCUCAGUCAGCCCUCCCUUACCUAGCUAUCAGAACGUCAGCCAUUCCCCCUCCCCCACCCCCGCACACACCCAGCCACGAGGCCAGACUUCCCUCCGCCAACCACGGGGCAAGCUUCCCUGCCUCCACCCCAACCCUUGUAGAUCUCAGCCUUGGUGGAGUUGGGAAUCAUGCCUGUCUUUUUAUUUGGAGCGGAGAGAAGGAUUCCAGAGGUUUGGGGGCUUGAGGAGAAACCUUCCUUGAGCCAUCCUUCCCUGCAGGAGGGCCUCAACCUUGCCUGUUCCUGCCCUUGUUGUCCCGGAGGCCAUGAUGCAAAAGGAAAACCUCCUGCUUCCAGCCCCCCAGCUGUGAGUCCCAUGAACCCCCGCCUGCGUUUCAGCAUUUUGAUGAACACAGACCCACGGACCCCUCUGUGUGUCUUGUCUCUCUCAGAUACACACACAGGCCCACAGACAGAUGGGCAGACACACCUAGAGCGCCACCCACAGUGUCCUGUGUGGGAGAGCAGCACAGGCCCCCGGCCGAGUCCCCUCCCCCGCUGCAUGCAUCCACGUGGAGCAUCUCUGUUCUUUUUAAUAUCUUCAGAAUAAAGUCUCGUUUCAGUG